UAUUCGACCCUGGUUAUAGACGUUCCUUUCUCCUCUGCUUCGUAUUUGUUCAAACUCCUCUCUCUCUCUCUUGUUUCAGGGCGAGCAGGUCUCUUCCGCUCCCGUUGAUUCUCUGUUUCUGUCAGAUCUAACGGAAUCAUUUUGUUCGCUAUCUUAUCAACUGCUUUCAACUGUUCAUCUGCUUUUCUUUUUCCAGCCCUUAUUAAAGGGUUUGAUCUGAUUCAUCCGCGUUAGGGUUUCUGGAUAUUCGGAUUUCAGAAAUCGUUGGGGCAAUUCAUAGAUUCUGAUUUCCCAGUCCUUUUGGUCUGGUAUUGGUUCGUUUCUGUUCGGUUUAGGCCGAAUUCUGUAAUAUCUCUGGUUUCUGGUAUCUGCUAUUUUGAUUGGGAUUUUUAAGACGAUUCCGUUUGGUUGUUUUAAGGGGAAAUUAGCUUCGUUUCCUCAUCUUCUUCCUUUUGGCUGUGGAGAUGUUGGGGACGGGAUUGCAGUUUGGGCGUGGCCAUGGAGAGGAUCGAUUUUACAAUCCGGUGAAAGCUAGGAGGAAUCAUCAUCAGCAGCAACAACAACAACAACAACUUCACAGAGCUAGGAAUAAUGGAGCUGCAAACCCCGCUCCAUGGACGAAUGGUAAGGCCUUACUUACAGAGAAUAGAGAGCUGGAGAACCGGGUGGAAUCUGAAGAGCCAUCAAAGCCUAUAGCUAUGCCGGCUUCCGAACCAGCGGUAGUUCCUUCAAGCAACCUUGAUCAGUUUCUGGAAUCAACAACACCUUCUGUUCCUGCGCAGUAUCUCUCUAAGACGAGGAUGAGGGGUUGGAGGACUUGUGAUGUAGAGUUCCAGCCUUACUUCAAUCUCGGUGAUCUUUGGGAAUCUUUUAAGGAAUGGAGUGCAUAUGGUGCAGGAGUGCCUUUGAUACUAAAUGGCAGUGAUUGUGUUGUUCAGUAUUAUGUUCCAUAUUUGUCGGCUAUUCAAAUAUAUGGUGAAUCCACAAGGUCGUCCUGUAAGACAAGGCAACUUGGGGAGGACAGUGAUGGUGACUAUUACAGAGAUUCAAGUAGUGAUGGAAGCAGUGAUUGUGAACUGGAAAGAGGUGGGAAAUUCCCAAGGGAACAGUGGAAUCACUACCAUCUACCAAGCGAGACCUCUCUUAGAAUGGAAAGAUUGUCUUUGAGAGAGGAGAUUGCACUUCAAGAGGGCUUUUCUAGUGAUGAUGGUGAGUCUGGCAAUUCAUGUGGCUGCCUGCUCUUUGAGUUUCUUGAGCGAGAUCCCCCGUACAGUCGUGAACCUCUAGCUGAUAAGAUAUCUGAUCUUGCUAGCCGCUUUCCUGAGCUGAAGACACUAAGAAGUUGUGAUUUGCUACCAACCAGUUGGGUUUCUGUGGCAUGGUACCCCAUAUACAGAAUACCCACAGGACCAACACUAAGAGAUUUGGAUGCUUGUUUUUUGACAUUCCAUUCUCUUUCUACACCCAUGCAAGGUGGUAGAAAUGCACCGACUCCAUUAGUGGCCUAUCCGAAUGGAAUGGAUGGUAUUCCCAAGAUAUCUCUACCAGUUUUUGGUCUGGCUUCAUAUAAGUUAAAAGGAUCCAUGUGGAUUCCAAAUGGGGGUUCUGAGCGUCAAUUGACAAACUCUCUCUUGCAAGCUGCAGAUAACUGGUUAAGACUUCUUCAGGUCAAUCACCCUGAUUUCCAGUUCUUCGUUUCACAUGGGACAUGCCGCAGAUAACCAAUAUGGGGAAACUUGCCCAACUCAUUCAGUUUAUCAUUCCGCAACAAGGGCCAAGUUAUGCCUACUGGUCGAAUCAUAAGCGGACAUAGAGGUAGAGCCUUGUGGAGGUAGAGAUACAAUUAAUUUUUUUUUUCUUUUUUUUUGGGGGGGGGGAUCAUAUCACUUCAUCUUCCAGCUGUUAAGAAAAGGAGCAAGGUGAAAAAAUCAAGAAAAAAAUUCAAAAGACCAAAAAUGGCAUGCAAUGGAAGGAAAGAAGCAUAAUAAGGCCCUCCAGAAGUAGGGAGAAAAAAGGGAAAAGGGAAAAAAGGAGAAAAGAACAAGUAGACAUAGAUGAAGCUAUAUGAGCUGAGCUAUAGCCUAUUGGGCGAAGAGAAGAGUAUGUGCAUGUUAUGUUGGGACAGUGGGUACGUUUCUUCUCGUUUAAUGGCUUAUAGCUUUAUAUUAUUAUAUAUAAAUUAUAUCUAUAUUAUUAAAUUAUGAGAACAGGCCUUUUUAGUUUGUCCUGAAAACCAGCGAGUGUUUCAUGUUUUGUCGAGAUCUAGUUUUUAAGGGGAUUUUGAUGUUGGCGAUAAAAGGGCUUAAUUUGAGUUGCCCUUCUGGUAUUUAUUGCUAUGUCUUCUAGACUAACUUGUUUUUGGACGUUUGGCGGCCCCCGAGAAAAAGAAAGACAGGAAAGAAAAUUUUGUAGAACUUGUGAUGUUAAGAACGUGCUUAUAUUAAUGAAGAACUGAUGUUUAGAAACA